AUCUCUUGGCUCCUCACCUCACUGUUCACAUCCACAGGUGUUUCUCUUUCCCUUCCCCUGUAUCUUCCCUUGGUCCCCUCGGAAGUCGUCGCCACUUGAGGCGGAUGCCCAUAAGCCUUGGUAAGCGGUUUUGAGGCCUGCCUUUCUGGUCGCUCCGCGCCUAGCUAUUCUUCCCUUCAGUGACGGACUUAAACAUACAUCCCCGGUCACUCAAAAAAAACAACCAAAAAAAACGUAGCGUACCUCGUCUCACUUGAUAGCUAUACAUAUCAGUUCCUCGACGCGCAUGCAGCAACAGUGGGCUCGCCUCUUUGUCCCACUCGCUGCCCUCCAGACAAGGCCUUACUCUCUAGCACGAACGGACUACCAGUCAAACAAUAACCAUAUGAGCCUUCUGCCAGAGAAUGGCAGACAAGGGCGAGAAAACCAACAUCACGGCAUCUGACCCACUGGCCGCUGCGGUUGAACCCAUCACGCCCAGGGACCCGGAAGACACUACAUUUGCCAUUGAUAUCGACAAGGCGGAUGGGAACGAUAGGGGUUCCGACUCUGACGAGAAGAGGGUUAGACCUGAGUUGAGGUCAACCAAAAGCCAUGCUACCGACACCAGCGUCGCCACCACGGCUGCAACCCGUCGACAACCACAGAGCAAGCCAUGGUACAAGACGCCAAACCCCUUGAAAUGGGGCGGCAUCCCACCCGUUCCCGAAGAAAGGAUUGUCUCCCGGGAGCACAGGGCCGGGUUCUUCAGCCUGCUCACCUUUCAAUGGAUGGCCCCCCUGAUGAGUGCUGGAUACAAGCGACAACUGGAACCAACUGAUAUCUGGACGGUCAAUCCGGACAGAGCUGCAGAUGUCAUGACAGAUAAAUUGAAGGCUGCCUUCAAGAAACGCGUUGAUAGAGGAGACAAGUAUCCGUUGUUAUGGGCGUUACACGAGACUUAUCUCUUCGAGUUUUGGCUCGGCGGCAUGCUCCAGCUUAUGUCUACCGUCUUCCAGGUCAUGUCCCCCUUUACCCUGCGAUACCUCAUUCAGUUCGCAAACGACGCGUGGGAUGCCUCUCAGCAGGGCUCGGCGCCUCCCGCCAUUGGCAGGGGAAUCGGUCUGGUCCUCGGUGUCACCUUCAUGCAAAUCUUCCAGAGUCUGGGUACGAACCAUUUCAUCUAUCGCGGCAUGAUGAUUGGAGGCCAGUCGAGAGCCGUCCUCAUCAGUGUCAUCUUCGAAAAAGCCAUGUCUCUGUCCGGUCGUGCCAAAGCCGGCGGCAUCAAGGAGCCGGUCGGCAAUCCACUAGUGGAUGAGAAGGGAAAGAAAAAAGACAAUAAGGAGAAAGGAAAGAAAGGCGAGGCUACCAAAGGCCCAGGCAUCUCGGGCGACGGAACCGGCUGGGGCAACGGUCGCAUUGUCAACCUCAUGAGCGUCGACACGUAUCGCAUCGAUCAAGCAUCCGCUUUGUUUCAUUUGACGUGGACUGCGCCCAUAUCCUGCAUCAUCACGCUUGUCGUGUUGGUGAUCAACCUGAGCUAUAGUGCUCUUGCCGGUUUCGCUCUCUUGGUAGCAGGAAUCCCGUUGCUGACGAGGGCUAUCAGAAGCUUGUUCAAGCGGAGGAAAGCCAUCAACAAGGUCACCGAUCAGCGGGUGGGCUUGACCCAGGAGAUUUUGCAGUCAGUCCGCUUCGUCAAGUACUUUGGAUGGGAGAGCGCGUUUCUUGAACGUCUCAAGGGAAUUCGAAGGCGCGAAAUCCACGCCAUUCAGAUCCUGUUGGCGAUCCGAAACGCCAUCAACGCCGUCAGUCUAUCACUGCCCAUUUUCGCAUCCAUGCUGUCUUUCGUUACGUACGCGAAGACGAAUAACGCAUUGAACCCCGCCCUGGUAUUCUCGUCCCUGGCCUUGUUCAAUGGUCUUCGAAUCCCACUCAACCUGCUCCCACUGGUUCUUGGCCAAGUUGUCGAUGCCUGGUCGUCUCUCAAGCGUAUUCAAGACUUCCUGUUAGCUGAGGAGCAGGAGGAGGAUGUGGUUAUCAAGCUCGAUGGAGAGAAUGCUUUGGAAAUGACGAAUGCCAGCUUCACCUGGGAGCGGACGACAACACAGGAAUCCGAAAAGAGUGCGGCUGGCACCGGUAAGGGUGGCAAGAAGGGCACCACUCAACCUACGGUGGCACCAAAGCCAGCUACCAAGUCUGAAGAGCCGCUGACUUCGUCUGGGGACAGCACCGGCGAUGGGGCUAGUACGCUGGUUGAGGAGGAGCGAGAGCCCUUCAAGCUUCAAGAUCUCAACUUUGAGAUCAAAAGAGAUGAGCUCGUGGCCGUCAUUGGCACAGUCGGCAGCGGUAAGACUUCUUUGCUGGCUGCCCUAGCAGGUGACAUGAGAAAAACAUCGGGCGAAGUUGUCCUUGGUGCUUCUCGGGCGUUUUGUCCGCAAUAUGCCUGGAUUCAGAAUGCCACUGUCCGCGACAAUAUCCUCUUUGGUAAGGAUAUGGAUAAGGCAUGGUAUCAAGAGGUCAUCAAUGCCUGUGCCCUUCGACCUGAUCUUGCAAUGCUACCAAACGGCGACCUGACCGAGAUUGGCGAACGCGGCAUUACCAUCUCUGGUGGUCAAAAGCAGCGCUUGAAUAUAGCCAGAGCCAUCUACUUCGACUCCGAUAUCGUGCUCAUGGAUGAUCCGCUGAGUGCUGUUGACGCCCACGUCGGACGUCACAUUUUCGAUAACGCCAUCCUCGGCCUGCUGAAAGGCAAAUGCCGAAUACUUGCAACUCACCAGCUUUGGGUACUCAACCGAUGCGACAGAGUCAUCUGGAUGGAAGGAGGCAAGAUCCAAGCUGUCGAUACCUUUGACAACCUGAUGAGGGACCAUCGCGGCUUCCAGCAGCUGUUGGAAACGACUUCACAAGAGGAAGAGAAGGACGAGACCGCCCCGGUCAACCUGACAAAGACCCCUCAAGGCGACAAGAAGAAGAACAAGAAGGGCGCGGCUCUCAUGCAACAGGAGGAGCGCGCCGUUGCAAGCGUUCCCUGGAGGGUGUAUGGAGACUACAUCCGAGCUUCCGGAUCCAUGCUCAAUGCGCCCUUCUUGAUCUUUCUUCUGCUUCUCUCCCAGGGCGCAAACAUCAUGACCAGUCUCUGGCUUUCGUACUGGACAAGCAGGCGCUAUCCGUUGUCUGACGGGCAGUACAUCGGCAUUUAUGCCGGUCUCGGUGCUCUGCAGGCGGUUCUCAUGUUCGUCUUCUCGCUGCUGCUGUCCAUCCUGGGCACCAAGUCCAGCAAGGUCAUGCUUCGGCAGGCGGUAACCAGAGUUCUCCGCGCGCCAAUGUCUUUCUUCGACACGACUCCCCUCGGCCGAAUCACAAACCGGUUCUCGAGAGACGUCGACGUGAUGGAUAACAAUCUGACAGACGCCAUGAGGAUGUACUUCUUCACGUUGGCCAUGAUUCUGUCCGUCUUUGCUCUCAUCAUCGCAUUCUUCCACUACUUCGCCAUCGCACUCGGGCCCUUGUUUGUUUUCUUCAUCUUGGCGUCUUCCUAUUAUCGCGCAUCGGCACGCGAGGUCAAGCGGUUCGAGUCGGUUCUCAGAUCGACUGUGUUCGCCAAGUUUGGUGAAGGGUUGAGCGGUGUGGCCAGCAUCCGAGCGUACGGACUGAAGGCACAUUUCAUCGGCGAUCUGAGGAAAGCCAUUGAUGAAAUGAACGCGGCGUACUACCUCACGUUCUCGAACCAGCGCUGGCUUUCGACUCGCCUCGACCUGAUAGGCAACCUUCUGGUCUUCACUGUUGGCAUCCUCGUGGUGACGUCGCGAUUCAGUGUGCCGCCCAGCAUUGGAGGUCUGGUUCUCAGUUACAUCCUCGGUAUUGUGCAGAUGAUCCAAUUCACCGUGCGCCAGCUUGCCGAGGUCGAGAACGGCAUGAACGCUGUCGAGAGAAUUCAGUACUACGGCACCCAGCUCGAGGAGGAGGCGCCUCUUCACACCAUUGAAGUCCGACCUUCAUGGCCGGAAAAAGGCGAGAUCGUCUUUGAAAACGUCGAGAUGCGGUACCGUGCCAACCUGCCGCUCGUCCUUUCAGGUCUUUCGAUGCACGUACGAGGCGGCGAACGUAUCGGCAUCGUUGGACGGACAGGCGCAGGCAAAUCAUCCAUUAUGUCUACCCUCUUCCGCCUCGUCGAGCUGUCCGGAGGUCACAUCACCAUCGAUGGUGUCGACAUUUCGACAAUCGGCCUGCACGACCUGCGGUCUCGCCUGGCGAUUAUUCCCCAGGAUCCUACGCUCUUCAAGGGCACUGUGCGGUCCAACCUUGACCCUUUCGGCGAGCACACAGACUUAGAGCUGUGGUCUGCCUUGCGUCAGGCUGAUCUCGUCCCAGUGGAUGCCAACCUGGAAGAUCCCAGGUCGAAAGAGUCUUCCGUCAUCCACCUUGACUCUAUCGUUGAGGAGGACGGUCUCAACUUCUCUCUUGGACAGCGACAACUCAUGGCUCUGGCACGUGCCCUCGUUCGUGGCAGCCGCAUCAUCGUCUGUGACGAAGCCACGUCUUCCGUUGACAUGGAGACAGACGACAAGAUCCAGAACACCAUCGCCACGAGCUUCAGGGGCAGGACGCUGCUGUGUAUCGCCCACCGGCUUCGCACCAUCAUCGGAUACGACCGCAUCUGCGUCAUGGACGCCGGCCAGAUUGCCGAGCUGGAUACGCCCCUUGCGCUGUGGCAGCAGGAGGGAGGGAUCUUCAGGAGCAUGUGUGACCGCAGCGGCAUCAGGCUCGAGGACGUCCGAAUGGCGAGUGAGGGCACGGCGUUGGAGGUUCAAGUAGGCCAGUCCAGUCAGAGCGGCUUGUGAGACGAUGCAGCCGUGAAGGGAGGUGCUGAAAGAAGUUGGAAAUCCGACCGUCAGAAAGGAAGGGGAGGAGCCGGGGAGGGCAAAUAUGAGAAUGUAAUUGCCGAACACCGGCGGUUUGGAAGCCAGCGUAACCAUAUUCCGUAGCUCACAACCUCAAGCAUCUAGCUCCCAGGUUCUUGGUUAGUGAAGGCAUAUUAGAUCCAGGAAAGAAUAAGAAAACAGAGAGAGAGAGAGAGACACGAGGCUUC